AUGUCUUCCAAAGUGCAAUCCGCAGUGACUUUGAUAUUCUCGUGGACCGAACACCCCUUUGCGCAUAUCAGUGUCGCUGCCAUAUUCCUAGUGUUCAUCUAUCAUGUUAAAAGUCAAUCACAAGAUUUCCCAUAUCUCAACCCAAAGAAACGCUUCGCAUUGACAGCUUCUGCGGUUCGCAAAGAAUUCAUGACGUCGAGCAGGACGAUAUUGUCGAAGGGCCGUUUUCAGUACCCGGAUACACCGUGCAUGGUCAAUUCUGAGUGGGGCGAGGUGCUUGUCCUGCCACCACAUUUGAUUAACGAGCUGCGUAAUGACCCACGCCUCGAUUAUCUAAGGGUGACGCAAGAUGACAGCCAUGCCUACAUUCCUGGCUUUGAACCAUCUAACAGCGAUCCCAAGCUGUCAGCGGUGAUCACGAGACACCUGACUAAAGUAUUGGCGAAACUCACGAAACCAAUUUCUGACGAGACCACUCUCGCUCUGCAACAGUCAUUCACUGAUUCACAAGUAUGGCACGAAAUCUCUCUCGCAACAUAUAUACCGAACCUGAUCUCACGUCUGUCUUCACGAGUCUUCAUGGGAGAGGCCCUUUCCCGCAAUGAAAGUUGGGUCCAGGCAUCGGCAAGGUACGCAGCGCAAAAUUUCGCUAGCGGAGAUGAUCUGCGAGCAUGGUCGCGUCCCGUGCGGCCCUUGGUGCAUUGGUUUCUUCCAUCCUGUCGAGAGACACGUCGUCAACUAGCGGAGACUCGUGGGGUGCUUGAGCCGUUGAUCAAGGAGCGCGAAUCCAAUAGAAGAGACGCACUAGCCCGCGGCGAAAACCUUAUUGACGAUGAUCAUUGCCUCGAAUGGUUCGAACAGGAAUUGGACGAUGGUUACGAUCCGGCCACUGCUCUAAUCACUCUCUCCAUGGUCGCGAUUCAUACCACUAGCGACCUGCUCCAAGCCACAAUGCUUAACAUUGCCCGGCAUCCGGAGUUAUUCAAGCCUCUGCGGGAAGAAAUCAUAUCUGUACUACAAACACACGGCCUUACGAAACAAGGACUAUACGACCUCAAGCUGUUGGAUAGUACUCUCAAGGAGUCUCAACGGCUUAAGCCGGUGAUGCUAGUCACAUGGCGUCGCGCUGCUUUAGAAGAGGUCAAAGUUUCUACUGGGCUCACAAUUCGUAAGGGUCAGAGAAUCGCAGUUUCAAACGCUCAUAUGUGGGAUUCAGCAUAUUACCAUAACCCUGAUAGGUUCGAUCCUUACCGAUUUCUUCGCAUGAGGGAAAUUCCAGCAGAACAGAGCUUGUCCCAACUGGUGACCACAAGCGAGAAGCACCUUGGAUUCGGGCACGGCAAUCAUGCAUGUCCAGGACGAUUUUUCGCGGCCAAUGAGCUCAAGAUUGCGCUUUGUCACUUGUUGUUGAAGUAUGACUGGAAGUUACCUGACGAUCACGAGCCACAGCCUAUCUCUCACGGAAUGACCCUAGGUUUAGACCCUAACGCAAUGCUUUUGGUUCGACGACGCAAGGAGGAAAUUAACUUGGACUCUCUUUGA